GUCAGCUGCCCCUACGAUAGCGACAUCCUCAUUUAAAUGACGUGUUGACAGCGCCGACUUAAUGUUGUCGUUAUUGUAAUGGCUCUCAUUACAGCGCUCUAAAUCCCUGUUUCCUUCCCCUCACCCCCUAGUCUAGCCACAGAGACCAGAAGAUGGUAAACGGUGAACGGAAUGCAUUUACCUCAUUCUAUGGUCACAUUCACACACCGACAGCGAUGACAACCAUUCAAGGCGACAGUCAGCUCGUCGGGAGCAGUUAGGCUGAGGUGCCUUGCUCAGGGACACCUCGACACUCAGCUAUAGGAGGAGCCGGGGAUCGAACUAUCCACCUUCCGGUUACCAGACGACCUGCUCUAUCCCUUGAGCCACAUGCCACCCAGAUGCCUCCCUUUGGUGUAUAUCUGGGGCACAGGGCAACGUAACCCCUGAUGGCUGCGUUAGAGCAGAUGGUUCGCUCUCUCCCGGACGGCAUGACCUCGGAGCCUCCCGGUCACAACUGCUCCAACUGCAGCAGCCGGUGGCCGGGGCCGGGGUUCAACGUGGUGAAGGCCGUGAGCCUUGGUCUGGUGCUGGGUGGCAUCAUCCUGUUUGGCGUGGUGGGCAACAUCCUGGUCAUCCUGUCGGUGGCCUGCCACCGGCAGCUCCGGACGGUCACCAACUACUUCAUCGUGAACCUGGCGGUGGCCGACCUGCUGCUGAGCUCCACCGUGCUGCCCUUCUCCGCCAUUCUGGAGAUCCUGGACCGCUGGGUGUUCGGCCGGGUCUUCUGCACCGUGUGGGCAGCGGUGGACGUGCUGUGCUGCACCGCCUCCAUCAUGAGCCUGUGCGUGAUCUCCGUCGACCGCUACGUGGGCGUCAGCUACCCGCUGCGCUACCCGGCCAUCGUGACGGAGAAGCGGGCGUUCCUGGCGGUGGUGGCCCUCUGGGCGCUCUCCGUGGUCAUCUCCAUUGGCCCGCUGUUCGGCUGGAAGGAGCCGGCGCCGGAGGACGAGACGGUGUGCAAGAUCACCGAGGAGCCCGCCUACGCCGUGUUCUCGGCCGUGGGCUCCUUCUACCUGCCGCUGGCCGUCAUCCUGGCCAUGUACUUCCGGGUGUACGUGGUGGCCCACCGGGAGAGCCGGGGCCUCAGGGAGGGCCACAAGACGGAGUGGUCCGACUCGGAGUGCGUGACGCUGCGCAUCCACAAGGGAAACGCCGCCGCCGCCGCGGUGACGGAGGAGGACGACGCCCUACGGAGCCGCACGCACUUUGCCCUCCGCCUGCUCAAGUUCACGCGUCAGAAGAAGGCGGCCAAGACCCUGGGCAUCGUGGUGGGCUGCUUCGUGCUCUGCUGGAUGCCCUUCUUCCUCGUGCUGCCCAUGGGUGCCAUGUUCCCCAAGUACCGACCGUCGGACACCGCCUUCAAGGUCACCUUCUGGCUGGGCUACUUCAACAGCUGCAUCAACCCCAUCAUCUACCCCUGCUCCAACCUGGAGUUCAGGAAGGCCUUCCAGAGCCUGCUGGGCAUCCGCUGCCUGCGGGCCCCGCCCAAGCCCCCGCUCCGCCUGAGUCCGCUGCAGGGCCAGCGCCACGCCCACCCCCUCGACCUCCACCUGGACGAGAGGCGGGACCCCUCGCGCCUCAGCCCCCUGUCCCCCGCGGGCCUGUCCCGCACGCCUUCCUCCAGGGACGGUCGCGAGUGGAGGGCCUCGUCCGGGCCGGGGGCCCUCGGGCGGGGCCCGGUGGAGAGCGGCGGGGCCAAGGUGGCCAAACUGUGCCGGAAGAGCUUCCGGACCACCUGCUGCUGCGUCAUGGUGGGUGGGCCCCCGGAGCCCCGGCCCCCCCCUCUGGGCAAAGAGCUUCCCACCAUUAAGAUCCACCAAAUGUCUCUGAGUGAUGGAGAGCCGGUCUGACAGCAGGUCAUCGGUAAGCCCCGCCUCCGUUACUCAUCCCCUCUCCCGCCCCCGGGUGCUGCACUAUUUAUAAUCUCUCGUAGAGACGCUGACAGACUGGACAUGGCUUCCCGAGAAGGAGCCGGCGGAUGUGGUGGAGAUGGAAAGACGUGCCAUUAUAUACACAAAGCGUUGUGGAUCAAAGUCUGUGAUUGACCGGAAUGAGUUGAUGUUUACAUUUCUUUCCUAACUGAACACUGUCAGAAUUGCCUAACAUGUUGUACAUAAAUGCCAGAGGAUGAUGAAUAUAUUGUGUCGCAUCAUAAGCUGUCCCCAAAAAAGCGUUUUUCUUGCUGUAUUUGUAGCCUCAAUAUACCGACUGUUUCAAUGUUCAGACCUUGGUUUGUUGGAUUCUACAUCACAAACCCAGAAAGACUGUUGGUCUGUUGAUUUAGAACAACAACAGCUUACGUUCUGAAUAGAACUAAUUUUGUUCAUUCGCUGAACAAUAGCCCCGUUAAAACCCUUUUACCUCAUCGUCCAACCGUAUAUUUCCGGCAGAUGGACUCUGGCUGUGAUGCUUACCGGGGGGAAUCGAAGUAACCUUGUGGUUUCUGACCUAAAUCCCGACUGACCCACAAGCCUCUUACUUCACCAGAUUCAGAGCUGCCAAGUCUUGACAUGUGCGGUUUCAAAUAUCCCACUCUCAGGCAGCACUCUUCUCAUCUACGAAUCGCAUCACUCUCGCACUGCUGCACUCGAGAGGGAAUUAUUUGGUUCCUGCCUCUGAUUAUUACAAAAUUGAACGCGUGUCAUGUAGUAAAGUGAGUAGAGGGGGUCGGGCCAAUGUUAGCAUUCGCCGCGGAUACAUGCGGCCGACUUUUGUGAUGAUUCCUGACAGGACAAAAGGGCAAGUACAAGUAUUGAUCAGUUGCGGGCUUUUUCAACAGUAGCGUCACGUUGCCCUGUUUCUGAAAGCCUGAGCAAUAGUUCCGACAAUAGCCACGAAUAGCAUCAGCAAGCGCAGAGCUCAUACGCACACACACCCACGCAUGCACGCAUGUGCCCUCGCACACACACACACACACACGC